AGCUGUUUCUGAUGACGUAGCUCAGUCCAGGCCCUUGCUUUGAUUCACGUUGUCUUUGUUAUCUUUGCCUCUUCUGGUGAACGUACGGGAACUCGUGCUAAGAGUUCGAGCCAAAAGUCCCGGAGGAAAAUAUUGGAGCGAAUUUCGAAUGGAAAAAGGUCUUUCUGAUCGGAGUAAUGACAAAGCGGAUGUGAGUGAUGAAAGCCUAGAAAAGGAGGAAGAAGUCAACCAACAUAUCGAAUCGAUCUCUGGGAAGAACUAUAUCGGGGAUACAUUUACCUCAUGGAAAACAUGGAGAGGCAUUGAAGACGAAGGGUCUUUAGAGCAAAGAAACUUAGAUGCUGACAGUGGAGAUGGAGGAAUCGGAGAAAAAGACCUAGAUAAGGGUGGGCAUGGCUCCCAUAGGCCUGAUUCUAUUAGCGAUAGAAAUUAUGUCGCAGACUCCUUUACAACUUACAUUAGGCCUGACCUAGCACCGAGAUCAUGGGAACUGGAGAGUGCACAACCUUUAAUGUCUUCGGGUCAAUCUCGUACUCACACUUUGCCUAGAACACGAUCUUUACCUGAAAUCAGAAUUCCUGAUGAUUACGAUACCGUUCUAGACGAUAAACGAGAAACAAACAGCUUGCAAGACAAUGUCAUUACCUUUUUGAGUGCUGACCAACUACAUACUGGCUCAUUGAAGGAAGGAUGUCUCAGUGGAAAGAGCUUACAUGCCCCCAUUGAAAUCAGUAGUGAUGGGGGCUAUAUAGGUACAUAUGACCAGAGCAUUCAUGGAGAUAAGCAAGCAGACGUUGUCAAGAGCCAUGCUUCUUUAGACCUCAGCAACAGUGAUGUAUCAUACAGUUUUGAUGUACAUGGCAACACAUUUGGGGAGGCUGUCGCCAGACAGGGAAAAAGAAAACUAACUGAGAAUGGCAAAAAAUCAUCAAAAAACAGGCGAAAAGCUCUGAAAAAUCAAAAGGCUGAAGACCUGGUUCAGAAUGUAAACGAAUCUCAGAGUUUUGUGGGAGGAGCCACAAUGAUUAUUGAUCAGCCAAUCUCACAAAUUGGAGGCUUGUACACAGUUCAAAUUUCACCUGCAAAUGCUGGUAUUCAAACAGUUAUUCAACAGCAGACAGUGACUGCUGUACAGCAGCCAGUACCAUAUGAAACUGUUCCUUCAAAUGAAUUACCAGUUGAGAAAUCCCCAGUUGAAAAAAAUAACAAGGCCAACCAGCAGUGGUUUACAUCAAAAGAUGACAAACAUUCUUUACAUGGUAAAGGUGUCAAAUGGAAACAAGGAAUGUGGAGUAAGGAAGAAGUGGAUGUUUUGAAAGGAAACAUACAAAAUUACUGCAAGGCACAAGGUAUCAGUGAUCCAUGUCAAAUAAUUUUUGGAACUCCAAAAGAUGAACGCAAGGAGUUCUAUAAGUCAAUAGCGCAAGGCAUAUCACGGCCCCUGUUCGCCGUUUACCGAAAGACUCUUAGACUAUAUGACAACAAAAAUUUCAUUGGCAAAUACUCAGAAGAGGAAGUUCAAAAGCUAGAGGGCCUACAUGCCAAGUAUGGGAAUGACUGGGCAACCAUUGGUAGCCAUAUGGGACGAAGUGCCGCUUCUGUCAAAGACCGUUGUCGGCUUCUCAGGAAGAAUAAGAAAACAGGUAAAUGGACUUUGAGAGAAGAGUCGUUUUUGUCACGCUGCGUACGAGAACAGACUAACACGAAGGAGGGCGAGUCUGUUACAACCGGAGUGGUAUGGUCAACGAUUGCGGAAAAACUUGGCACGAGGACUGAAAAACAGUGCCGAUCUAAAUGGAUAAAUUAUUUAAACUGGAAAGAAGUAGGGGGCAAAGAAUGGACUAAAAACGACGAGGUUGAACUGAUUGAGAGGAUUUCAAGAAUCGACGUUAAAGAUGAAAAUGAUAUUAACUGGCAAAAGCUGUCAGAACAAUGGCCAAGUGCUCGAUCACCUCAGUGGCUCAGAGGAAAGUGGUGGGCGUUAAAAAAACGAGUUCCGGACUACAAAAAGUUAGACUUCAGGGGUAUUUUGGACUAUUUACACACAACCUAUUUAGAUGCACUUAAAAUCAAGAUCGACCGGCAAACCGUCGCCCUUGCAUCUACAUUUACAGUUGGGGCCAAUCCCGUAUCUUUGCACGGCAAUGAUCGCUUCACUAGUCAUGUGACAUUACCAGGGAUAGCUACAAACACAUCUCACGCUGAUUUGCAAGAUUCUUUGGCAAGCAGUCAGCCGUUGAUCAGCACUUCAACAAUCGAUUUAGCAUCGUUGCACGGGUAUCAACUACAACUCCAAUUAGCCUCACUUUCACCGCAUCAGUUGGUUAUACCAGUUAGCUCCAGUGGUAUCGGUUCGAAUCUGACAGACCAUUUCAUUAUACCCGUGAACAUGACGCCUGCAGUGAUCACAUCGUCUGCUGACCAAACCUCCACGCAGGCAGGUUUCAUUGUUCAAAAUGUAAGCGCAGCUACAGAUAAUCAAGGCGUUGUCGACAGCCCACGUGGUGUAGAAUUGGCUCAAGCAUUGGUGCAAACCGAUUUGAGUAUACCAAUACCAGCUAGAGAUAUGACGCAAGAGGAUCUUGCUUCUGCUAACAUCCAAGCAAUGAACAACAGAAUGGUUAGCCUCAGUGAUUCGACGCUUGGAAACUCUGCUGUUGAGGUUGAGACAGAAGCAAGGCAAGAGUUUGGUGAGUCUAUAGAGGUAUUAGGCGGAGAUCAUAGUGCUGUGAAAGUUGUUAAAGUUGACCAGAUUGAAAACCAGGACUUAGGGAGUCCCCUGUAGGAACACUCCUCAUAAACCUCCAUACGGGUUCUUUUGUGUGAGGAUUCUAAAUUUUGAACUGGCUGAGGGUAAUUAUGCCUGCAAGACUUGAUUCUUUUAAAGAAUCGUAUAAGAUGCAUUGAAUUUGUACAAAUGUUUAUGUUUCUCGUUCUCUUCAUGAUGAAUAACUUUUAAAGACA